CCCGGACCGCGCUCGCCAGGCCUGCCGGUUCCCGACUUCCGGUUCCGAGGCGACCCAGAGGCCAGACUGAGACUCAUGGCGGCGUCCAUGAAGCAAGCCACCGGGGGUGUUGAGGAGACCGCGGCGGAAGAGGAAUCGCGCGUUCUGGAACCUGGGGCCGCCCCAUUCGGAAAUUUCCCGCAUUAUUCCCGCUUCUACCCUCCAGAGCAACGGCUCCGCCUCCUGCCCCCAGAGCUGCUUCGCCGGCUCUUCCCUCAGAGUCCCGAGACAAGGCCGAUCCUGGGGCUCGACGUGGGGUGUAACUCCGGGGAUCUGAGUGUGGCUCUAUACAAACAUUUCCUUUCCCUACAUGAUGGGGAGACCUGCUCAGAUGCCUCAAGAGAACUCCAUCUCCUCUGCUGCGACAUAGAUCCAGUCCUGGUGGAACGAGCUGAAAAAGAAUGCCCUUUUCCUGAUGGCUUGACCUUUAUCACCCUGGACUUCAUGAAUCAAAGGACCCGGAAAGUUCUCUUGAGCUCUUUCUUAAGCCAGUUUGGACGCUCAGUUUUUGAUAUUGGCUUCUGCAUGUCAAUAACCAUGUGGAUUCAUCUGAACCAUGGAGACCAAGGCCUAUGGGAGUUCCUGGCCCACCUUUCUUCCCUAUGCCGCUACCUCCUUGUGGAACCACAGCCCUGGAAGUGUUAUCGGGCAGCUGCAAGGCGUCUCCGGAAGCUGGGCCUCCAUGAUUUUGACCAUUUCCGCUCCCUAGCCAUCCGAGGUGAUAUGGCCAAUCAGAUUGUGCAGAUCUUGACCCAGGACCAUGGCAUGGAAUUAGUAUGCUGCUUCGGCAACACCAGCUGGGACCGAAGCCUUCUGCUCUUCAGGGCAAAACAAGCCACAGAGACUUAUCCGAUCCCUGAAUCACUGAUAGAAGAAGGGAAAGAAAGGAACAGAAUAAGAUUCUGUUGGAGACAGUGAGAUGGGAGGGCAGAUAGAGAUAUUGAAAGGGUUUUAUACAAAGAAUUAAACUCAUUCUCCUUAAUUCCUGAUAGGCAGCUUCAAAACUUGGCAGAAGCCUUUUAAAUGUCCAGGACAUGCAAUUAAAAGAAUCAGUAUCUGCUCCCCAUUUUGGAGGAUGAUCCCUGAGGAGAAUGUAUCUGUGGGGCAAUGAUCUGUGCUAUCUGGAAUGACCUAGAGAAAGUGAUCCUGGUUCUGGGAUAUGGAAGGGGCUGCCUUUGGUGGUUAUUUAGGAAGCCUUAGACCAGAUUAGCCUUAGAAUGUAUCCAUUCCCUGGGCUCCUUGAAUCUGAUCUGCCUUCUUCAGGUUUCUUCUAGACUUAUUCAUCCUGCCUAUGAGGCAAAACCUCAAUGCAAUCUGGAAUGAAAAGUCACUGGCCUGGCUAAAGGAGAGCUUUGGUAGGAAGAAUAUCUUUCCAGAACAGGUCAAGUUUCCAACAUGCCCAGGUGGAGCACAGCAGUUACAGAUACAGUACUAACCAAGAUCCAUUGACUAGCAUUUAAAAGAUGUUUAAAAGAUUAAAUUAUGAACUCAAAAUCCAACUGGUACAAAUGAAUGAAGUGGGAUUGUAUACAGUAUAUACCAUUAUAUUUUAUAUAUAAUAAAAGUGGCUUGAGUAUG